AUGACAAAGGAGAAGCCUGGGGCGGACGGAAUCACAUCAAGUGCCAUUGAAGUUGCUGAGCAUUUUACUCUGAACCAGAGCAGGACUGAAGAAAUCACUCUUAAAGAAGAUUAUGGAAAUAACUUUCUUAUUUAUGAUGAUAACUUUGAUUUUGUUCUUCAUGGAGAGAAUCCAUUAAUUGCUGGCGUUCUUGCUGGGGAUGUGGGUGUGGCGAUCCCAGAGCCUCCUCUUGAUGAAAAUAAUAAUGAUAGAGAAGAUUCUGCCACUGAUCAACCAGCAGAGGAUGCUCAGACACUACAGGAAACAACUCUGCUGGCAGAUGAGGAGGAGGGAUUUGCACUGGAACCUGUUAUAAUGACUCCUAAUUUAGAACGAAAAAGGGGCAAGAGGAAGAGGAAACUUGUUGUGGAUGAAACAAAGGAACUGUCGAGUGAAACCAUUAGAGAUCAGAUCACAGACUGUUCUGAUAUCACCAGUACAUUAGACGUUGCUCCUCCUAUGAAGUCGCUGAUGAAGUGGAAAGAGACUGGUGGGGCGGAUAAGCUCUUUUCACAGCCGGGCUUUAGUUUGAUGAGCAGUCAGCUACAAAAGCUUUUUCCGAGAGAUUCACUACCAGGGAAUUUAAAAGGCUAUGGGAAUGAUGAGGAACAGCAGAGAGAAGAGAUGAGGAAGCAACUACAGGACAAACAAUUGGAUGAUACUGAAAUACUCUUUGAAGUGUUCUCUGCUACACAGGAGGUCAGUGAAACCCAGACAGCCUUGCUGGACAUGCCGUCUGAGGAUUCUAUGCUUGUUAAUCCUUCCAUGGGGCAGGAAAGAAAACUUGACCAAAGUCUAACUCAAAUGGAAAAGGCACAAGCAGCAGUGGAUGGACAGGAUUUUGAAGAGAAAAAACUGAACAAGAGAGUUCAGCACCUGUUACAUACUUUACAAAAACAAGAGCACUCUGGAUGCUCCGCAUUUAAUUUGCAAGAACUGUGCAGGAAUGAAACCCGAAAACAUGCUGCCGCGAUGUUCUUCUGCUUUUUGGUGUUGAAGAAGCAGAGUGCAAUUGUGCUCUCCCAGAUUAAACCUUAUGAUGAUAUCAUUGCAACCCCAGGACCAAACUUUUAUAAAAAAAAAUAUUUAAAAAAAUGAGUAAAAUAACUCUAUUUGGCACAAAAAGAGAUACGCUUACUGCGUCUAAAUUGUUCUUUGUGUUUGUGUGCAGUGGCUUGUAUUUAUUGCAGCUACUUUAUGGUCUGAAUGGCAUUAUAUAAAGUUAAUUAUUUGGAUUGAAUUAAGAUCUAAGUAGCUAAGUCCUUUUAGUUUUUUUUUUUUUUUUUUUAAACACAGAAACUUUUUUUUUUAAUGACACAAACAUUGGAGGUGUUCAAUAAGAAAGAAUUGUGUUUAGAGUAUAUUUAUAACAGCAUGUUAACAUUUCAGUACCUGUUCACAAACUGCAAAACACUUCCUUAAUAGACAAAUAUUUUUGUAUUUAUUUCAGUUCACAUGUUAAUUCACUUAAUAGUUUGGACUACUGUACAUAUGUUAAAAAAUAUAAUUAUAUUUUUAAUGUUACAUAACUUAAAAUGUUGAGAUCUGA